AUGGCUGAUAGAAUACGACUUUCAGAUAUUGUCUGGUUAAAACCAGAGGGAAAAUCUGAAUUUGAUAUUCCCAUUGCCGUUAAAAUACUCAACAGUUCCGGUGAUCUAAUACAAGUUCAAGAUGACGAUGGUAAAGUUUUCUCAACAUCGGUCAGUAAUGUUAUUAAGCCCCUCCAUGCCACAUCUGUUAACAGUGUUGAAGACAUGAUCACACUCGGGGAACUCCAGGAGCAUACCAUUCUGCGUAACCUUCAUAUACGUUAUAUCCGGCAACUAAUAUAUACAUAUACCGGAACAAUGUUAAUCGCGAUUAACCCAUAUGAAAUAUUGCCAAUAUACACAAUGGAUCAAAUACAGUUUUAUCAAGAUAGGAGUAUUGGAGACAUUCCACCUCACAUAUUUGCUAUUGGAAAUAAUGCCUACAGAGAACUUCUGGAGACGUCAUCGAAUCAGUGCAUUGUAAUAAGCGGUGAAAGUGGAGCUGGAAAAACUGAGAGUACAAAACUAUUGCUACAGUACCUAGCGGCAGCUAGUGGAAAGCAUUCGUGGAUAGAACAACAGAUUCAAGAGACCAACCCUAUUUUAGAGGCUUUUGGGAAUGCUAAAACCGUAAAGAAUGAUAAUUCGUCAAGGUUUGGAAAGUACAUAAAUAUUUACUUUGAUCGAAAAGGUGUCAUAGAAGGCGGAAAUAUAGAUCAAUAUCUUUUAGAAAGGUCCAGGAUAGUCUUUCAAAACAAAGGAGAACGUAAUUAUCACAUAUUUUAUUCUCUAGUAACAGGAUUGUCAGCCGAUGAGAAAAAGAAACUGGAUUUAGGACGUCCUGCAGAUUAUUUGUACUUGAAUUCUGGAAAUAUGUUAACCUGUGAUGGUCGAAAUGAUGCACACGAGUUCGCCGAUAUACGUUCAGCGUUCAAAGUGCUUAAUUUUCCAGAAAGUGAGGUUUGGGGAGUUUUCAGUUUGCUUGCCGCGAUUUUACAUUUAGGAAAUAUAAAGUUUAAGUCGUUUAAUAUAAAUAAUAUUGAGUCCUCAGAAGUGGCUGAUGUGGUUAAUGCGAAUAGAAUUGCGACACUUCUAGGAGUAAACAAAGAUAAAUUGUGUGAAGCUUUAACUAAGAAAACUUUAAUUGCUCAGGGAGAUAAAGUUAUUUCUACAUUAUCAAUAUCGGCAGCGGUGGUAGGAAGAGACGCACUCGUCAAAGCGAUCUACGGGCACAUUUUUGAGUACAUUGUAGAAAAUAUUAAUAAAACAUUAUGUAAAGGCCAGCAACUGUCAAGCGGUUCCGUUGGUAUUUUAGAUAUUUUCGGUUUUGAAAAUUUUGAAUCGAACAGUUUUGAGCAGUUGUGCAUUAAUUAUGCCAAUGAAAAUUUGCAACAAUUUUUCGUAAGACACAUUUUUAAGAUUGAACAGGAACAGUAUGAAAAGGAAGGUAUAACCUGGACGAACGUUAAUUAUGUCGAUAACCAGGUCAAUCUGGAUAUGAUCGGCCUUAAGCCAAUGAACUUAUUAUCACUUAUUGAUGAGGAAUCGAGAUUUCCUAAAGGUACUGAUAUUACACUUUUGUCGAAACUUCACAAUAAUCAUAGUAAUAAAUCGUGUUACGUCACUCCAAAGUCGACACAUGAGCAUCGAUUUGGUGUACGGCAUUUUGCUGGUGACGUAUAUUAUGAAGUUAAAGGUUUUCUUGAUAAGAAUAGAGAUAUGUUAACAUCCGAUGUAAAAGAAAUGAUUUUGGACUCGAGUAGUCAAUUUUUAAAGGACCUUUUUCACUUGGAACAAUUAACCCAUAGCGGAAGUAGAAAGACUGUGUCAUUAAGUCACCAGUUCAAGACAUCUUUAGAUGCCCUUAUGAAGACUUUAUAUGCAUGCCACCCGUUCUUUGUAAGAUGCAUUAAGCCAAACGAAAUAAAAAAGCCAAGGCUUUUUGACCGUGCUCUAUGUGUCCGUCAGUUACGAUAUGCCGGCUUAAUGGAGACAGCAAAAAUAAGGCAGGCGGGUUAUCCAAUUCGCUAUUCGUAUUCUGAAUUCGUUCAUCGCUACCGCCUCGUUGUGCCAGGUAUACCGCCUGCAGAAAAAACUGAUUGCAAAAAUGCAACAAAGAAGAUAUGCACUGAAGUACUAAAAGAUGAAGACUAUAGGUUUGGCCAUACAAAAGUUUUUAUGAAAGAUCAUCACGAUGUCAUACUAGAAGAACUCAGACAUACUGUUAUAAUAAGAAGUGUUAUCAAAACACAAGCUAAUAUACGACGAUUUUUACUCCGACGCAAAUACCUACGCAUGCGAGCUGCUGCAAUCACUAUACAGAAGCAUUUCCGUGCUCGUGGAUUCAGAAGCAGAUAUCUUGUUCUUAGAAGAGGUUACCUACGUUUACAAGCAGCAAUCAAAUCUAGAGAGUUGAGAAGAACAUUCCUAAACUUAAGAAAGUUCUUUAAAAAUCUGCAAGCGCACUGCAGAGGUUAUUUGAUUCGAAAACUUGUAAGUGAAAAGGGGCAUGUAAUUCGUAGUAAAUUGUUUGAAUUCCAAAAAGAAAGAGAAGAGUUCUUGAUGUUGAAUAAUAACAAAGAAGCAGCUGAAAAUAAUUACGAGAAAAAGUUUGACGACCUCAUGAGAUCUAUUUGGAUUUCUAAGGAUAUAGUUGUGGAAAAUAACGUUCAAAACACUGAUGCAAUAGAUGAUAGAUAUGUUGAUGAUGUUUUUGGAUUUUUAAAAGAUACAACAACACCAGCUGGUACGGUGCGGGGCGCUGGAUUUGGAGUAACAUCGAAGGAAAAACCAUCUAUAACUAAUGUAAUACCGCUACCAUUGGAAGAGCAAGAUGAACCGUUCGAUGAAUUCAACUUUAGAAAAUUUGCAGCUACAUAUUUCCCAGGAAACACUAGUCACCAAUAUUCUAGAAAACCUUUGAAAACUUCUCUUCUGGAUUUACCUUCACCGAUGGAUAGAGUGGCAGCGCAGGCGUUGUGGAUAACCAUCUUAAGAUUUAUGGGUGAUAUUUCCGAGCCAAAAUAUGUCGAUGAUAAAAUCGACAAUGUACCUGUAAUGUCGAAGCUAUCUGAUACAAUAGGAAGAGCUUUUCAAAAGAGUAAAGAGUUUGAAAAACUUUUGCAACCAGAAAAUGGGGAAGGCACGAACAAAAUGAUUAAAAAAUCAAUAAAACGGCGCGCAAAAAUGAAUGACGAAUUUAUGCACAGUAUUAUGAACGAUGAAUCAACUAAUGAAAUGUACAAUAAUUGGUUAAACUCAAGACGGAGCACCAACCUAGAAAAAUUACAUUUUAUUAUUGGCCAUGGUAUCAUUCGUAAAGAAUUGCGCGACGAAAUAUUUUGCCAGUUGUGCAAACAGCUCACGAAUAAUCCCACAAAAUCUUCUCACGCCCGAGGUUGGAUCCUACUAUCACUUUGCGUUGGUUGUUUCCCUCCAUCUGAGCGAUUUGUAAAUUAUUUGCGGUCGUUUAUACGCAGGGGGCCUCCUGGAUAUGCGCCAUAUUGUGAGGGAAGACUCAUGAGAACUUUUAAAAAUGGUCCGAGAUCCCAACCACCAAGUUGGCUCGAGUUACAAGCUACAAAAACUAAAAAACCAAUACUGUUAUCAGUAACACUUAUGGAUGAAUCAAUAAAGACGGUACAAUCAGAUUCAGCAACUACAUCAGAAGAAAUUUGUCAGCAAAUAUCUGAAAAUAUAGGGCUUACCGAUAUAUUCGGAUUUUCUCUAUAUAUAACUUUGUACGAUGUAGUCUUAUCUCUAGGAAAUGAAGCUGUUCAUAUUAUGGAUGCAAUUUCUCAAUGUGAGCAAUUCGCUAAAGAGCAAGGCACACCUGAAAAGAACGCACCGUGGAGGCUGUUCCUGCGAAAAGAAGUAUUUACUCCUUGGCAUAAUCCUGCAGAAGAUCCUGUCGCAACUAAUCUAAUUUACCACCAGGUCGCUAAAGGCGUUAAAUUUGGUGAAUAUCGAUGUGAUUCUGAAAAAGAUUUAGCGAUGCUGGCUGCGCAACAACAUUACAUUGAGUAUGGUUCGCGCAUAGAUCCCAAUGUGCUUAGGAAAGUUAUCGUUAAUUACAUACCUAACCAAUUCAUUAAGUCCAAUGAUGUAGCUCUAACAAAAUGGGAACAUCUUGUUACAAAAGCGUUUGAAUCAGCCCAAAGUAUACAGUCAAAAGUUGAUCCGUUGCGAUGCAAAGAAGAUAUAGUGAUAUUCGCAAAAUUGAAAUGGCCAAUGAUGUUUUCGAGAUUUUUUGAAGCGGUCAAAUUAAAAGGAGAUAACAUAAAUAAAGAUAUCGUUAUAAUAGCUGUUAAUUGGACUGGUAUAUAUAUUGUAGAUCAAUCGGAACAUAUUCUUCUCGAAAUAGCGUACCCCGAAGUUACUUAUGUAGCUUACGAUGACGAUACAGAAUACGAUAAUGUAGGUAGAAUAACAGUUAAGACAAUACAGCAAGAAGAAUUUAUUUUUCAGAGUGUAGACGCCAGAGAGUUGAGUUCGCUAGUGAUAUAUCUUAUCGAUGGGUUAAAGAGGCGCUCUACAUAUGUAGUCGCACAGACAGAUUCCCAGGGCUAUAACGACGCUGCGUCAUUUCUACAAUAUAAAAAAGGUGAUCUCAUAACACUGUUAGAUGAUUGCACUGGCGAAACGUUAAUGAAUUCUACGUGGGGUCACGGUGCCUGCAAUGGCCAAGAAGGGUUGUUCCCUACUGAGCAAGUAUAUAUAUUACCUACACUUUCAUCGCCUUCUAAUGAAAUUUUAGAGGUAUUUAAAAAAGGUAAUGUAAGUAAUGAAAAAAAAUCACUUUCGAAAUACACCACACUUCAAAGAAAGCGAAUGCAUACACUUGAAAAGUUUGCCAAGGAAUACUUUAGAGAAAAUACUGAUUACAAUGUUACUAUCUCAAAACAAUCAACUUUAAACACAGCUAAGAAACCAGUCAUAAGUGAUUUGUGGAGUCAUAGUAGAGAACCGUUGAAAAAACCAUUAUUGAAGAAGUUGAUCGGUGAUGAGAAACUUUCAAAGCAUUCCAUAACAGCUUUUUACGGAAUACUUAAAUAUAUGGGAGAUUUGCCAGCACCAAAACCAAGAUCAGUCACGGAAUACACUGACGAUAUAUUUAGAUCAGCGUUAACUGAACCUAGCUUGCGCGAUGAAGUGUACUGUCAGAUAAUGAAGCAAUUGACAAACAACCGAAUACAACUUAGUGAAGAAAGGGGUUGGGAACUUAUGUGGCUUGUUACUGGAGUCUUUGCUUGUGGACAAAUAUUAAUAAAAGAGUUAGUGGAAUUCCUAAAGACACGUCCACAUCCUAUUGCAAAGGAAUGCUUAAAACGCGUUUUUAGAACUCAAAAGUACGGACCGAGGAUGUAUCCUCCAUAUAUUGUAGAGGUAGAAGCAAUUCAACAUAGAAGUAUGCAAAUAUAUCAUAAAGUAUAUUUCCCAGACGACACGGAUGAGGCUUUCGAAGUAGAUUCAUCUACGAAAGCGAGGGAUCUGUGCGAACAAAUCACGGGUCGUCUAAAUUUGAAAAAUAGCGAUGGUUUUAGCUUGUUUGUAAAAAUAGCCGAUAAAGUUUUUUCGGUCCCAGAAAAUUAUUUUUUCUUCGAUUUUGUACAUGAGCUAGUGGAAUGGAUGAAGAGGUCGAGGCCAGUACGUUCAGCGGGUUCCCAAGUGCAAAUGAAUUAUCAGAUAUUUUUCAUGAAAAAGUUAUGGAUUAACACGGUUCCCGGGAAGGAUAAAAACGCUGAUCAAAUAUUUUAUUUCCCUCAAGAGUUGCCAAAAUAUUUGCGCGGAUAUCAUAAAACGUCGAAACAUGAUCUUAUUGAAUUGGCUGCGCUCAUUUAUCGAGCGAGAUACGGCAAUGAUCAAACUCUACUGCCACAAAUAACGCAAAUGCUAGAAGAUUUUAUACCUUCUGAUAUGAUGAGGAUACAGUCUAACUCACAGUGGAAAUCAUCGAUAACAGCAGCUUACUUAAAACACGGCAAUAUGACGGAAGAUGAGGCUAAAGAGCAAUUUCUAAAGAAAAUCUACCAACUACCGACAUUUGGUACAGCUUUUUUUGAAGUUAAACAAACUUCUGACCCAACAUAUCCAGAAAUGGUGGUUAUUGGUAUAAAUAAGAAUGGCCUCAGUAUUAUCCAUCCUCAAAGUCGAGAUAUUUUGGUGACGCAUCCGUUUUCGCAACUUUCUAACUGGUCCUCUGGUAAUACCUUUUUCCAUAUGACUAUGGGCAACUUCGUCCGAGGAACCAAAAUUCUAUGCGAAACUUCUCUGGGUUAUAAAAUGGAUGAUCUUAUAUCCUCGUACAUUGCAGUGUUGCGGCAAUCUGUCAGCCAUAAAUCUAAAACAUAG